ACCUGAGAAAAAUAUCACCUCAUUCUACAUACAAGGAUGAUAAAGCAGAAAAGGCUAGAUAUAAAAUUCCUUUUAAACUGGAGGUAGUAAAAUAUGCUAAGGACCAUGGAAAUAGAGCAGCGGAAAGACAUUUUGGGCCGCCUCCAACUGAAAAAAUGAUAAGAGAGUGGAGGAAGCAAGAGGAUCAGCUGCAAAAAGCAGAUAAAAGUAAGCACACUUUUCGUGGGCAUGCAGCAAAGUGGCCACAGUUAGACGUGGACAUGAAAGAAUGGAUUACACAUCACCGGAAUAAUGGCUUCUCAGUCUCUACAAAAAUGAUCAUAUAUGAAGCCAAACGCAUUGCUUUAGAGAAAGGCAUUCAGGAUUUUACUGGAUCACCUUCGUGGUGCUAUAGAUUUAUGAAGCGAUGUGGCCUUGCUAUGCGCACAAAAACUAGAAUUGCGCAAAAAAUGCCACAAGAAUAUGAAUCUAAGAUCCUAUCUUUCCAUAAAUUUGUAAUUGAUGCUAGGAUGAAAAAUGCUUUUGAAACUGGCCAGAUUGGAAAUAUGGAUGAAGUCCCGCUAACCUUUGAUGUGCAAUCUAAUAGGACUGUUGAUCUGAAAGGUGCCAAAACCAUCACCGUGAAAACCUCAGGACAUGAGAAAAGCCAUUACAUGGCUGUAUUGUCCUGCUGUGCAGAUGGCACCAAAUUGCCACCCAUGUUAAUCUUCAAAAGGAAAACAUUUCCAAAAGAAGUGAUUCCACGAGGAGUUGUUGUACAUAUUCAUGAGAAAGGAUGGAUGGAUGAAAAUGGAAUGAGAGUAUGGGUUGAAAAAGUGUGGUCCAAAUGUCCUGGAGGGCUUCUGAAAAAACCUGCCUUAGUGCUUGACCAGUUUAGAGCACAUAUUAGUGAAAAUACAAAAAAGUGCUUUAAAGAAGAGAAGACUCAUCUAGCCGUAAUUCCUGGAGGUCUUACCAGCCAGUUGCAACCUCUCGACGUUUCCAUCAACAAACCGUUUAAGGUCUUUAUGCGAGAAGAGUGGAACAAAUGGAUGGAUGCUGGUAAUCAUGAUCUGACACCUGGACGAAUGAAGAGGCCCACUAUCACUCAAGCUUGUGAAUGGGUGAAAACAUCAUGGCACUCAGUAAAGGAUGAAAUCGUUGUACAGUCGUUCAAAAAAUGUGGCAUUAGCAAUGCUUUAGAUGGAACUGAAGAUGAUAUUGUAUAUCAAGAUAGCGAAGAAAGUGAUGUCAGUGAUUGUGAGCAACUGAGCUUCCUAAAUUCUGACUCUAGCGAUGAGGAGUUCUUGGGGUUCCCAGAAAAUUAGAAGAGUACUCGAAACUUAAAGUCUCUCCAUUUGUUAAUGACAGUCAUAAUGAUUCUUAAUGUCACGUUGACUGCUGUUCACUUAACAUGGUUGAAAUAUUAUUCUGUU